UGACCAAUGCUAUGGCCAAACUUGGUGCUGAAGCAGCUAACUCUUAAGAGACUAUGCUUUUUGAAGUUCCACCAAUGUAUAUCCGAAAUACAUUAAGAGCAAACAUUGUAGCAACUUUUUUUUGAAAGACAAAUCACAAGCUGUAGUUUGGAAACUGAUGGAGAUGACUCCAGUGUAUUUGUUUUGAACCCGAAGGGUUGUAACAAACUACUUUAUUUAUUUUCAAUGCAUAUCUACCUUACCAAAAAUAAAAAUAAAAAGCAUAGUCAAAACCAAAAUAAAGUCAAAUUGUGAAUGCUACAACAAUUCUAGAAUGUUCCAACUCGUAAACAAAUCAUAGCCGUUGAAUUUCCCCUUUAGAUCAAAUAAAACCAGAAAUCCCUUCCACAAAGCAACUCCUCUCUCCGUUUUCCCCAUUUACCCAGCACCUCCAAGUCAAGUGCUCUCUCUUUUCCCUCUUCUUGCCCCGCAACUUUCAAUCGUUGAAGCGAUCGAAAGAUGUUUGGAAGAGCACCGAAGAAGAGUGAUAAUACGAAGUAUUAUGAUAUCUUAGGAGUACAGAAAAGUGCUUCACAAGAUGAUCUCAAAAAGGCUUAUCGUAAAGCCGCCAUCAAAAAUCAUCCUGAUAAAGGAGGCGAUCCUGAAAAGUUUAAAGAGAUUGCCCAAGCUUAUGAUGUCUUGAGUGACCCCGAGAAGCGUGAAAUAUAUGAUCAGUAUGGGGAGGAUGCUCUUAAGGAAGGAAUGGGUGGUGGAGGUGGUGGACAUGACCCAUUUGAUAUAUUUCAAUCAUUCUUUGGUGGUGGUGGAAGCCCCUUUGGUGGUGGUGGAAGCAGCAGAGGCAGAAGACAAAGAAGAGGAGAGGAUGUUAUCCACCCUCUCAAGGUCUCUUUGGAGGAUCUUUACAAUGGGACAUCAAAGAAGCUUUCACUAUCUCGCAAUGUGUUGUGCUCAAAGUGCAAGGGUAAAGGGUCCAAGUCAGGUGCUUCAAUGAAGUGUUCUGGCUGUCAAGGGUCUGGAAUGAAAGUUUCUAUCAGACAGCUUGGUCCAUCCAUGAUCCAGCAGAUGCAGCACCCUUGCAAUGAGUGUAAGGGUACCGGUGAGACAAUCAGUGACAAAGAUAGGUGCCCACAGUGUAAGGGUGAGAAGGUUGUGCAGGAGAAGAAGGUGUUGGAAGUUCACGUGGAGAAGGGUAUGCAGAACGGGCAGAAGGUAACAUUCCCAGGCGAGGCAGAUGAAGCGCCAGAAACUAUCACUGGAGACAUAGUUUUUGUCUUGCAACAGAAGGAACAUCCUAAAUUCAAGAGAAAGGGAGAUGAUCUUUUUGUUGAGCAUACAUUGACCUUGACUGAGGCCCUAUGUGGUUUCCAGUUCGUCUUGACUCACCUAGACAACAGACAGCUGCUCAUUAAGUCCCAACCUGGCGAAGUUGUCAAGCCUGAUCAGUUUAAGGCUAUCAACGAUGAAGGAAUGCCGAUGUACCAAAGGCCUUUUAUGAGAGGUAAACUGUACAUUCACUUCACUGUUGAUUUCCCAGAGUCAUUAACACCAGAGCAGUGCAAGAACCUUGAGGCCGUGCUUCCUCCCAAACCCAAACAGCAAGUGUCUGACAUGGAAUUAGACGAGUGCGAGGAGACUACUUUGCAUGAUGUGAACAUUGAGGAUGAGAUGCGAAGGAAGCAGCAAGCUGCCCAAGAGGCAUAUGACGAAGAUGAUGAUAUGCAUGGUGGUGGUGCACAGAGAGUCCAAUGUGCACAGCAGUAAUUUGGUAGUGUUCUGGUAUUUGUGCUGUCUUGUGAUAGAGGGUAGAUUACUAAAGGGUUUGGUUGUUUUUCUUAUGCAAACUUGACACUACGAGCAGAAUUUUACUGCUCGACUAUUGUAAGUGUGCUUACAUGUUUACGCAAUUCGUUUUAUUUUAUUCAAUAAUUCUUCUUA